AAAAAGUUAAAAAAAAAAAAGUUAAUAUCUGCCAAUAAUUUUUUUUUUUUUUUAUCAUUUGUAGACACAAAAAGGUCAACAAACGAUAAAUGCUUUAGUACAAUAUACUGUAAGAGCUAGUAAGGAAAGUCAACUAUUGCUCAUGCCACGGCUGUUGGCUUAUAUUAGACACUUACCUGCAUAUCAAUGGGAGCCUAUUAUCUUGAAAAAGGGACCUCCACCAUCAGAUAUGAUUACUUAUAGUUUAGUAGCUGGUCUAUUAAAAAUAGCUGAUCAAUGCCCUGAGGUUUACGAUCAAAUUAUCCAAACAUUAUGGCGUUAUGUUAAAUUUAUUAUUCAGAUUAUGUAUGAAAAUGUUGAGUUUACCGUUACUUUCAUUUUACCUUCAUUAGCAGGUUUUCUCAGAGCUCUUCAAUUAUCGCCUUAUCUUUAUAGAACUGAUCAAUUUUUGUCAUUAUAUGAAAAUACUAAAGUCUUGAUUCGUGAUGAUACGUUGGAUCUAAUUCAAGUUUCAAUCACAAGCUGUCUUCGUGAUGCAGAAGAGUCGGCUUAUAGUCGUUGUGUAUUAGCUCGCUAUUUGCAAGAUGGUAUUCCCCUAAGUAGCAACAAAUUUAUUCUUGAUCUUUUGGUUAUAUUUCGAAAUAUUUUAUUUCGAAUUCUUACUAAUAAUAACGAAAAAACAGAAAUAUAUCCCGCUUUGGAUAUUAAAAAGCUUUCAAAAUUUCAUUUAAUAACUGAAAAAAAUUGUUGGAAUCUACUGUUACAGCAACCUAUAACGGCAAUAAAUGAUAUUGAAGAAGAUCUUGAAAAAUGCUUGAAGCAUGUUUGCGAAAUAAGUUUAGAUCAUCUAAAUGAGAUUCGUAAAUAUUGUCAAGAAGAAAAAUCAUGGGUUGUUGAUGCUUAUAUGCAAGAAAUUAUGAGUAUAAGCCUGCACAUUUUAUCUUUAAUUACUACUUAUUUGCAAGAAGUAGAUGAUACUUUUAUCGAAUAUAUUAAUGAGAGCCUAUUUAAUAUGCCUCAUGUGUCGGAUCCUUCGAUUCAUAUUGCUUCUUUAGACGCAAGUGCAUUGCUGGCCAUAAAUUUUACUCGCUUGAGCUUACCAAUGAUUAAUAUAAUUUGCCAGUUUUUAGCCGCACCUUUGCAUGUAUUUGAAUAUCAGAUAGAAGGAGAGAUAGGACUGACAAAUGUACAACAAUAUGCUAUUGCUCGAUUAGCUCAAUGUAUACAUAUUAAACCAGCGUCUCAGUUAUCUCAAACAAUCACAUUUACUAUCCACACUCUAUUAAAUAAAACGGCUCGUUAUACAAACAGUGGUGAAGAGGACCCUCGUAUAAACUAUAUACCUGGUAAAUUAGAUGAUAAUUUUCAAGAUUUCUUUAAAUUUGAAGAGUUAAAUGACGAACAAAAGGAGCAAGUAUGUGUCAAUGUUUUGUCUUCGGUUAUUGGAAUCGCUAUCAAGUUAAAAGAUAAUUAUACUACCUCUCAAGCCUUUUCUAUGAUUGUUCUUCGUCAUAAAACAUUUUCAGCAGCAGCAACAGCUUCAUUAAUCAUGCAAUUAGUAGAUCUUGCUCUUAUGAGUCCAAAGCAGACAUUUAUUGAUAUUAUUAAUUAUCUUGCUACAUACAGUCAUGAAUCUCUUUAUAAUGAAGACAACUUAAUAAACACUUCAAUUUUAUCCGCACAAUUAAGCUUAGCAAAACGCUUAAAGGAACAACUAGAAUAUUAUUCGCUUUAUCUUCAUAACCUUUUAACUUUAUUCAUUGAAACUGCUAAUACGAUUCAACGAUCCUUAAUCAAAAACAAAAAGGAACAUGAUUAUCCAAUUACAAAAAGACUCGGUAACCUUUUACCUAUCAUUAGUGCUCUCCUGGAACAUACUGAUUUUAAGCCGCAACAUGACAAGUCUAAUAAUAUGACUCCACUCUUCCGCAAUCUAUGGUUCCAUUGCGUCCUUUUUGGUUUUGUAACAGAAUCAAUGUGGAUUCGUGAAUGGAAUUCUGCUAUGCUCCAGAUCGCACAAAAGACACCUAUACUGAUGCUUGAAGGUACAACACAUUAUUUUGAAACAGAGCUUGAGCAUAACUCCGUUUUAUGUGGUCUUCAGAGCAAUACUCAUUUGGCUUCUUCAUUACGACAAAAGCUUUCUACUUAUUUACCUACACAGGACCUCAAGAAUUUGUCUAGUGCGCAAGUUACAUUUGCUUUAACAGUUUAUCAUGUUGAGAUGCUACGUAGUCGCGGUGGAGACUGUGCUUUCCAUUUAGGCUAUUUUAAUCACGUAUCGUUGUUAAUGACAGAAUUAUUGGACACCAUUUCAGAACAUGUAGUACGUGCUUUUAUCAAGGAUGCCUCUGUUAAAGCACAGCAUCAGCAAUUAGCUGAAGGCUUGGAUAAUCAAAUAGCAAGUCUAUUAAAGUUUUGUUGUCAUUCACGCCAAAAGGUACACACAAUGGCUAUCAAGACUAUGGAUCGCAUCAUAAGUGCUUUUCCUCAGGCAUUUACAGAAGAUUAUUUAGUAACUUUAUUAUUAGAAUUGAUACAAUUGAUGUGGUUAAGUUGUGAAGCAGAAUAUUAUGAUGAGUAUUCUCCUAAAUUUCAUUUUACUUCAUCACUUGUUAAUAUAACGAUUGAGUUGAGUGAUUCGUAUCUGUAUCGUAAAGAAGUUUUUACAAAGCUUUAUGAAAGUGCACGUAAAUGGAUUCAGGCUAGUCUUACACGGGCUCCGAUCGAAGUCUCUGGAUUACUUCAAGACUAUCUUGCAAAAAUUAACACAGAAAUUGGUCCACAUAUAGGUCGGACACUAGCAUUGGAAAUGGGCAGAAAGAAUGGAUUCUCUAGCAGUAUUAUCCCUGGGCUAUCUUCUAUUAUGCCCGAUUCAUCCUCCAAUUUUAUUGAAAAUUUCAAAUCAAGACAAUUUUAUUCAGGUGAAAUCAGUGGUAUGAAUUAUUUAAUGGAUUACCUUCAUCAAGACCAACUCCCCUUUGUUUGGAAUGAUCUACAACAACUGUCAAAUGAUGUUCAAAAGAAACAAACGAUUGAUAUUGAUUAUUUACAUAGUAUACUACAUCGGUCUGCAAGUUAUGCAAUUUCUAUCUAUAUGAAUAAUAUAUCAAAUGCAUAUGAUAUUGUGCAUCAUCUUGUUCGUAUACCUGUACUCAUAUUUACACCUGAAUCACUUGAGAUAGGUGUCAACAUUUGGAAUUGGUUACUAGUUAAGCGACCCGAAUUGGAAGACAAACUGAUAACUGAAAUGAUAUAUGUUUGGAAUUGGGCACAACGUAAUCGUAAAGGAUUGUUUUCUACAAGUCUUGAUCCACAAAAUCUAUUUAUGUGCCAAAUGACAUAUGGACCUCCUAAUAAACAGGUAAGAGACAAGCAACAGCAUCUAGCAACAACACUCUUCAGCCCUCAUGUGAUAUGGAUCAAAUUCUUUACUAGUUGGUUUUAUUCGAUACGACACAAGAAUUCACAAUUAGUAACUCUAUUUGUGAGACGUGUUUUGAUGUCUACGUUAGGAGAAUAUGGAUUAAUGAGUCGUCAUAGUUUAUCACGUUAUGGGCGGUUUUCAAUGAUCAAGUUAGGACUCAAAGUGCUUCAAUCGAUACAAUUAGAAGCUCUUGCAGAAUUCAAAUUAAGAUCAUAUGUAUAUAGUGCUGCAUUUUCGUGGUUUGAAUUACCACCUCAGUGGCAUUAUGGUGGCCAUAAGAGUUUAGCUUUAAAAGAAGUUGAGAUAAUGAAAGAAGUUUAUUAUGCCUUUUUAAAUGAUCGACCAUCGUUAACUUAUCUUGUUACGUGCACAACUAUUAAAGGAUCGAACCCAAAGAUUGCAGCAGGGCAUUAUAUACUCUUGAAAGAUAAAACAAAAGAAGAUGUUUUAAAACACCAUAAAAAUAUGCACAGACUGUUGUUGUUAUUUAUUGAAAAUGAGUUAACACGACUUUCAGUUUGGUGUAAUCCUUUAAAUACUACUAACAGUACAACAGUUGGUUUUAGCAAUAAUAUAACAGAAAAGUCCAUAGCCACUGAUGAAACUUGGAAAGAAAUAAUUCGAUUUGCAUGGAUAGUAUCACCCAUUUUGACAGUUCAAAUGGAUGCUCGUUUCGCAUAUCAACCUAUUAUUCGAAAGGAAGUUCAUAGACUCAUUGCCAAUAACACAUUAGAUGUAAUUGAGAGUCCAGAAGCGCUUGCUAUUUUGUUGAGUGAAGGAAACACGAAAUCUCUUGAUCUUAAAUAUUUGCAGUAUUGGGCUCCUGUUCCCGCUAUCACAGCCGUUACUUAUUUACUUCCCAACUACACUAACCCUUUGCUAUUGCAAUAUGCUGUUCGUAGUCUUAAGCAUCAUUCAAUUGAUACUGUCUUUUUUUAUAUUCCACAGAUUGUACAGGCACUUCGUCAUGACCCUUUGGGACAUGUAGAAGAUUAUAUUUUGGAAACAGCGGCAACCUCACCCCUAUUUGCUCAUCAAAUCAUUUGGAACAUGAAGGCUAACUUCUUUGUAGAUGCUGAUAAGGAAUGUCAAAAACCUGAUACUCUCAAACCAAUACUUGAACGCAUCAUUGAUAAGAUUGUAAAUAACUUGACAGGUGAAGAUCAAACAUUUUAUGAACGUGAGUUCAAGUUUUUUGGGGAGGUCACAGCCAUUUCUGGAUAUUUGAAAGAAUAUAUUAAACAUGGUCAAAACGAGAAAAGGCCUCUUCAAAAGAAACGUCUUGAUGAAGAACUUGCAAAGAUUAAAGUAGAUGUAGGAGUUUAUUUACCUAGUAACCCGGAUGGUUAUGUAAUCGAUAUCGAUCGAUCUUCAGGACGUCCUCUUCAAAGUCAUGCUAAGGCGCCCUUUAUGGCUACCUUUUUGAUUGAAAAGGAAAAUCUUACCAAAUACUCAAUUUGGCAAGAAGCGAUUUUUAAAGUAGGUGAUGAUUGUCGUCAGGAUGUGCUUGCACUUCAGCUAAUAGCAGUCUUCAAGUCUAUCUUUACAAGUAUUGGUCUUGAUCUCUACGUUUACCCUUAUCGUGUCGUUGCCACAGCCCCCGGGCGAGGUGUGAUUGACGUAAUUCCUAAUGCUAUUUCACGCGACCAACUUGGACGAGAAAAGGUGAAUAGUCUUUAUGAUUACUUUGUAGCACGUUAUGGAGAUGGCACAAUUGACUUCCAACGAGCCCGUAUUAAUUUUAUACAAAGUGUUGCAGCUUAUUCGGUCAUAUCUUAUAUUUUACAAUUUAAGGAUCGACAUAAUGGUAACAUCAUGAUUGAUGAUGAAGGCCAUAUGAUUCACAUUGAUUUUGGGUUUAUCUUUGAUAUCGCACCUGGUGGUAUUGGCUUUGAAAGUUCACCAUUCAAAUUGACAACUGAAAUGAUUCAAGUAAUGGGAGGGGGUUCUGAAGAACAAGGCUUCCGACAAUUUUCAGAAUUAGUAGUCAAGGCAUAUUUAGCAGCUAGGCCUUAUGCAGAAGAAAUUAUGCAACUUGUGACAUUAAUGUUACAGUCAGGACUGCCAUGCUUUAAAGGAGAUGGCAUGACUAUGAAACGAAUGAAAACACGAUUUCAACUGGAUAAGACGGAGCGUUCUGCUGCAAAUUUUAUGUUGAUGCGCAUUAAAGAUUCAUUCGCUAAUCAACGCACUGUUUUAUAUGAUUAUUUCCAAAAAUUAACAAAUGGCAUUCCUUAUUAAAAAAAAGCACUAUUUAUUUCUUUUUAAUAAACAAAAAAAAAUUUAAUCAUUU